GGAGGAGGAGGAACGUCCAUCCGUCCGUCCAUCCGUCCGUCCAUGGAGUUGUUCCAGGCGAAGGAGCACUACAUCCUGCAGCAGGGCGAGCGGGCGCUGUGGUGCAGCCGGCGGGACGGACGCCUCCAGCUGAAGCCCGCCACCGACCUGCUUCUGGCCUGGAAUCCCAUUUGUUUGGGGCUGGUGGAGGGAGUUAUUGGAAAAGUUCAGCUUCAUUCAGAUCUCCCAUGGUGGCUUCUGCUUAUUCGCCAGAAAUCUCUGAUCGGCAAACUUCCUGGAGAUCAUGCUGUCUCCAAAAUUACCAAGAUUGCUGUGCUGUCACUUUCUGAAAUGGAACCUCAGGAUCUGGAGCUCGAGCUUUGUAAGAAGCAUCACUUUGGAAUAAAUAAACCAGAGAAGAUCACACAAUCUCCAGAUGACUCAAAAUUUCUCUUGAAGACGUUUACUCAGAUUAAAUCAAAUGUUUCUGCUCCUAAUAAGAAGAAGGUUAAAGAAAGUAAAGAGAAAGAAAAAUUGGAACGGAGAUUACUGGAAGAACUCUUAAAAAUGUUCAUGGAUUCAGAGUCUUUUUACUACAGCCUGACCUAUGAUCUGACAAACUCAGUGCAAAGACAGAGUUCUUGUGAGAAGAAUAACUUGCCCCUCUGGCAGAAAGUGGAUGACAGAUUCUUUUGGAAUAGAUACAUGCUCCAAGAUCUUAUCGAGACUGGGAACUCAGAAGUGGAUUUCUGGAUUGUCCCGGUCAUCCAGGGUUUUGUGCAGAUCGAAGAACUUGUGGUGAACUACAAUGAAUCAUCUGAUGAUGAGAAAAGCAGCCCAGAGACUCCUCCCCAAGAGCCCUGCUGUGUAGAUGAUGUUCAUCCUCGAUUUCUGGUAGCUCUCAUUUCUCGUCGAAGCAGACACAGAGCAGGAAUGCGGUAUAAACGGAGAGGGGUCGAUAAAAAUGGCAAUGUGGCAAACUAUGUGGAGACGGAGCAGCUGAUACAUGUUCAUAAUCAUACACUCUCGUUUAUUCAAACCCGAGGCUCUGUGCCUGUAUUUUGGAGCCAGGUUGGCUAUAGAUAUAAUCCACGACCACGACUGGACAAAAGUGAAAAGGAAACUGUUUCCUAUUUUUGUGCCCACUUUGAGGAACAACUGAAAAUUUACAAAAAGCAGGUCCUCAUUAACUUGGUGGAUCAGGCAGGAAGAGAGAAGAUUAUUGGAGAUGCUUACCUUAAGCAAGUGUUACUAUUCAACAAUUCUAACCUUACUUACGUCUCAUUCGACUUCCAUGAACACUGCCGAGGGAUGAAGUUUGAGAACGUUCAAACUCUUACAGAUGCCAUCCAUGACAUUAUCCUUGACAUGAAGUGGUGCUGGGUCGAUCAUGCUGGCGUGAUAUGUAAGCAGGAAGGGAUUUUUCGAGUCAACUGCAUGGACUGCUUAGAUCGUACUAAUGUAGUACAAGCAGCUAUUGCAAGAGUGGUCAUGGAACAGCAGCUGAAGAAAUUAGGUGUGAUGCCACCUGAGCAGCCAUUACCAGUGAAAUGCAGUAGGAUAUACCAGAUAAUGUGGGCCAACAAUGGAGAUUCUAUAAGUCGGCAGUAUGCUGGAACAGCAGCUUUAAAGGGUGACUUUACAAGGACCGGCGAAAGGAAGUUGGCAGGAGUAAUGAAAGAUGGCGUUAACUCUGCAAAUAGAUAUUACUUGAAUCGCUUUAAGGAUGCUUACAGGCAAGCAGUUAUAGAUUUGAUGCAGGGUAUCCCAGUCACGGAAGAUCUCUACUCCAUAUUUACAAAAGAGAAAGAACAUGAGGCUUUGCACAAGGAAAAUCAGAGAAGCCAUCAGGAAUUGGUUAGCCAGCUAUUACAGAGCUACAUGAAAUUACUCUUGCCAGAUGAUGAAAAGUUCCAUGGGGGAUGGGCACUUAUUGAUUGCGACCCAAGCCUCACUGAUGCCACUCACAAAGACGUGGAUGUGCUGCUACUGCUUUCUAACUCUGCAUACUACGUGGCCUAUUACGAUGAUGAAGUGGACAAGGUCAAUCAGUAUCAAAGGCUGAGCCUAGAAGAUUUGGAGAAAAUAGAAAUAGGUCCUGAGCCCACUCUUUUUGGAAAACCUAAAUUCUCCUGCAUGCGACUCCAUUACAAGAAUAAAGAAACAAGUGGGUAUUUUCACACGCUCAGAGCAGUAAUGCGCAACCCAGAAGAGGAUGGAAAAGACACCCUUCAGUGCAUUGCAGAGAUGCUGCAGAUCACCAAACAAGCCAUGGGCUUAGAUGUACCUAUUAUCGAGAAAAAGCUCGAGAGGAGGAGCAGUAAACCUCACGAGGACAUCAUUGGCAUCAGAUCUCGGAACCGAGGGUCCUUGGCUCAGGGCAAGAGUUUUUUGCUGAGCAAAUUCUCGUCUCUGAACCAGAAAGUCAAGCAGACGAAAUCCAACGUCAACAUCGGCAACCUGCGGAAGCUUGGGACCUUUGCCAAACCGGAGAUGAAAGUGAACUUCUUGAAACCGAACCUCAAAGUGAACCUUUGGAAAUCGGACAGCAGCCUGGAAACCCUGGAAAGCGCGGGAGUGGUGGAUAAUAAAGGCCAGGCGGAAUCGGACGGGGAGCUGUCUUCGGACAACGAGUCCUACCAUUCCGACGACUUCCUCGUGAAUUCCAAGUCCGACGAGGACAAGCAACUGGCCGGUUCCCUGGAGAACGUGGGGCACGCGGACUACGUCCUGCCCAGCUGUGGCAUCAUCGCUUCGGCCCCUCGGCUGGGCGGCCGAUCCCAGUCUAUAAGCAGCACCGACGUCAGCGUACGCGUUCCCGCCGAGGUCCCCGCCUCCCACGGCGGCGAACCCCGAUCUCCCGUGAAGAAGACCCCUUCGGCCGCCAGCCUGCCCGUUAACUUCGCCAAGCCCGUCGACGCUUACUGCCACAGGUUUGUACAAGAUGCCCGGAGUCAGAUGGCUCGCUCUCCGGAAGCAGAGAAGAGCCGCCUGCUCCCGGCUCAGGAGGCGGAGCGCGGCACCGGCCUUCUCUCCGAGGCAAACGCGCGGCCGGAAACGACGGCGCCCGAGACCCCUUCCCGACCGUCCCAACUGGACGUGCCGUUCUCAGCGCUCGGCCCGCGGCUCCUGUCCGCGGACGCGCCGCUCUCGCUCCCGGCGCCGAAGACGCCGGGCGCGCUGGAAGGCGAGGCGGCGCUCCCCCCAACCCCUUCUCCCGCGGAGCCCAACGGGAGCAGGGCCGUCUCCCCCUUCGCAAAGAUCCGGAGCUCCAUGGCUCAAGUGGCGAACAUCACCCAGGCGGGACUGACCCAAGGGAUAAACUUCGCGGUGGCCAAGGUCCAGAAGAGCCCAGCGGAACCCGAGCUGGGUCACGAGGCCCAACGGGGUGAACUGAAAGACAUGCUUACCCAGUGCCAAACACGAAUAAUUCAGAUUUAGUCCCCCUUCCACCCCUCCCCGCCACCCGCGCGCCUAUCCCCGACUGGGGCUUGCGAGGAUUCCCGGUGGAGAGAACUGCACGUUAGAGGCCCCGCCGCCGCCUCUUGAAUUUGGGAACCUGAGACUCUGAUGUCUGCGGAGAAAUCCGCUCGGCGUCCCGGCAGAUUUCAGGCGACGGCGCACCGUCCGGGGGAGAGAGGCCCGAACAGGUAGCGUAUACACUGAGUCGAACCAGUAGGCUGUUCCCUUUAAAACAGUCAAUUCUGGAAUCGGAUGAUUUUCACUACACGGGGGUUUAUCGUUAAGAGGUCGGGCACGGACGCGUCUACCUUUUAAGUCGGUACUGGUAGAGCAGAGGAUCUAAGUGAGGUCACGUUCGGCGUUACUUUCUGUAAUUCAGCUGUCCUUGGGUUAACGAGCCGUCGUCCGAGCCGCGUGACCGUGCCCACGCAAGUUAGUCCGUACGGCUGCCGGGAACGUAGACGUUUUUUAUUGAGCUGAAUCUGAGCGUUCGGUAAUAAGCCACUUGGAGACACUGGAGUUGAACGUGCUUUUCCCUUUGAAAUAAGGGCCCGGUCACCCCCGAAAUACCAUGUAGCAGACCCAGCUAGGGGCCGACGUUUGCCUUUUAACCUGACUUCCCCUUGACACCCUGCUCCAUCUGAGGCAAUAAAACUGAAAAACAGGGCACUUGCCAGAUCCUUUAUAAACCCACCCCGUAAUCCCUUCGUAGCGGGAACGUGUGUCUGCCGGCUAUCGCUGAUUCCAGUGUGAGAAAUCAAGUCUCUCACUUCAGUCGUUUCCCCACGCUGGAAUUUUCCCUGACAGCGUAAGCCAGGCUGCCGCCUCUGAGAGAGAGGUGGUCUAAAGUUAAGAUGUCGCUGAAACUAGUCUGAAGCUGUAGCCCCCGCCGCGUAGAACAGUACGUCGAUGUUUAGUACGUGCACCGUGUGUCCGGAUAGGUUACCCCCGACGAGCGUCAUAACCGUAGUACGUCUUGCAAGCUUCCCCGUUUAGAAACGACCAUCUAGACGAGCUUGUGUCCGUUAAAAACCGAUAGGCGUUUUCAACUGUUAUUUAUUAACGUUUUGUUACAGUGACGUGUCUUUUGAGGUGCACCAAUACAACCUUGUGACUAAAAUACCAUUGUAUUUUACUGUGCAGGUAUGUACAUGCGAAUUAUUUUAAUAAAAAAAAAAAUGACAAGUU